CCCGUAACGUGCAAAGUUCGUCCACAUUUGAUUCAUAGAAUCCCGGACAGCUAUGUCUGUCUCGGUGAUGGGUCCAUCCAAUUUAUCGCUCUUUACAAUAUACCCGCCAUCGUCUCCGUGACACGCCCCCAGCCUAUCGAUAUUGUAGCAUUUUUUAAGAUAAUUCAAGUUUCCAUCAUAGGCAAAUUCGUAGAAAAAGACGGGCGCAUUGUGUUUAGAAAUUAAUUUAGCAGACACGUAAAUACCAGCGAUAAAGUCGACAUCGGAAAAGAAAUCUAUUGCGUAUUCAUCUUCGUCUUGGUAAAUUUUCUCCGCCUCCAGAUAAUUCUUCUUUAGUUUCAAUUCCGUGUCUAUUUUUUCCGAGACAUCAAGCUCAAACGGUAAAUAAUCCACGAAAACUUUCUCCUCUACGAAUUUGUCCAAAGUUGGUUUGUUGUGCGAAAUCAUUAGCAGCCCUUCUCGAGAACAAAAUCCCGACAUGUAUGGUACUUUAUGAAAUUCACCUCUAGCUAACAAUUCAUAGGGCGGCGUACUUAAAAACGGUUCCCAAUCGCCAGGCUUCUCUACUGUAGGUACGAAACCAAAAUGAAGACCUCCUCGUGCUUUUUCCGUUGACAAAACAAGCAUAGACGCCAUGAUCAAUUCAUUUGUAGGCAUGUCUUUUAAAUAUUUCAAAAGUUGAUCGUCGUCGGUAAUUACUUUACCUUGCAGAGUCGGUAUCUUGUAAGCAAGUUCUUUUAUGUUUAUCUUAUGAGCCCAGUGCAAUAACGAAGACCCCGACUGAGCAAUUGCUUUAUGAAAUAAACCUUUGGACAAAGGUGACAAUAACAGUAGUUCGACACUCGAAGCGCCUGCACUAAUACCAAAAUAGUAACACUUUUAGGAUCUCCACCAAAGUUUGAAAUAUUUUUCUGCACCCAUUUUAGUGCUUCAACUUGGUCUCUCAACCCCAUGUUACCAGGAGCCUCUUUUCGGUCCAGCGAUAGGAAACCGAGUAUCCCUAGACGGUAGUUGAUACUAACAAUGACAACUUCAUUUUGAAUUAGGUAAUCAGGCCCGUGCGCUGUAUCGUCGGUUCCAUUGCCGUAUAGAAAGCCGCCGCCAUGAAGGAAGACCAUGACAGGGUAUUUUUUAUCGCCGUCAGCGAAACAUUUGGGCGUAUAGACAUUUAAGUACAAGCAAUCUUCAUGACCCUUAACCCCUAUCUCUUUGUCGAACUGUGCGCAUGUGUUACAGUCUUUGGACCCAUCUCUUAUGCCUUCCCAGGAAUCCGGUGGUUGUGGUACCUUUGAAAAACAACAACUACUUUUAACUUACACUAUAUAUACACAUUACGAUAAACUGCAAUUAAUAUGCUAAUUAACUUUAAUGAACAUUGCGUCAUGUGUUAUCUGAUAAUGAGUAGAAAGAUUUAAGUAGAGAAUGAAAAGAGUCAAUUGGUUUGUUUUUCUGAGCUUAACUUUGCUCAUUUACUGUUAAUUAAACGACAAGGAACCUUCGCUUAGCGGGUGUUAGAACAUGACGUUGGCGAGCUAGAAAAUAAAUAAAUAAUAAAAUGGCGUCCAGAGUCAAGACGAAACAAGGUGUCUUAGUUGGGGCACGAAGAAAAACUCAAAACGACUUCGAAUACGAUGAUUUUCUCAACAUCCCUUACGCUAGACCACCCGUUGGGGAACUGCGAUUUAAGAAUCCUCAACCACCAGAACCAUGGCUUGGAGAACGAAAUGCUACCUUUUACAACGAAGACAAUCUUUGCAUACAGUACGACAUAUUUAAACAAAAACAUCGUGGAAGUGAGGAUUGUCUCUACGUUAAUGUCUCCACGCCGAAAGUGCCUGCAGCAGGACUUUUAGCAUUACUCCCUGUAAUGGUUUUCAUACAUGGUGGAGGUUUUGUGUUUGGAAAUGGACUUGCGAAAUUCGAAAAUGGGCCUGAUUACUUGAUUGAGCACAAUGUUGUUGUCGUUACUAUGAACUACAGACUCAAUGCCUUCGGAUUCCUGUCCCUUGAUGUACCUGAGGCCUCCGGAAAUAUGGGACUUAAAGAUCAAGUCAUGGCCUUAAAAUGGGUACAAGAAAAUAUUGAAAAUUUUGGAGGAAACAAGAAUGACGUCACUGUUUUUGGCAUCAGUGCCGGUGCAGCCUCCGUAGAAUUUCUCAUGAUUUCUCCUUUGAGUAGAGGUCUAUUCCAUAAAGCUAUCUUGCAAUCUGGAUCAACUCUGAAUCCCUGGGCAUUGGACAGUCCAGACAAUAUAAAAGAUCACACUUUAAAACUGGCGCAAGAGCUGCACUAUCAAGGGCCUUUAGAUGAUUAUCGAGCUAUACAUGACUAUUUGAUGAAUGUUCCUGCCGAGCAUAUAAAAUUAGCAAGUGCCAAAGCCACUAAUCCUUCACAAGUAAAGGGAGUUUACUUUGGAUUUGGACCAACAAUUGAAAAAGAUUUUGGAACUGGUGAAGCAUUUUUAACCGAAGCUCCAUAUGAAUUAUUGCAAUCUGGAAGAUUCGCUAAAGUACCUGUAAUGAGAGGAUUUACUGACUCUGAAGGGUUUAUAGAAGCUGGUACUAAGCCACAGGAUAUUAAAGAAGUUACUACAUUAAGGAACUAUGUAGAUUUUUGGAGAUAUCCAUUAAAUGCUAGUGAUGUUACUUAUUAUAAUGAAAAAUUGCGUCAAGUUUACGAUAGUUACACUGGGGACGACAUCGAACGACCAGCUAUUGACUUCUUCGGAGAUUUUGAGUUCGUUAGUGGUGUGAUUGCAAGUUCGAAAUUGAUGGUUAAGCACGGUGUCCCACUCUACUUAUACGAAUUCACUUACGAUGGCAGCCUCAAUUUACUUAAAGCUUUGAACGGAGUAAAUAAAACUGGUGCAGCACAUGGGGAUGACACAGCUUAUACCAUACAAAUCGAGCCUGUCCCAAUGUUAACACAGGAUGAUGUUAUUGUUAGAGAUAGAAUUUCCAAGAUGUGGACGAAUUUCGCUAAAGCUGCGAAUCCCACUCCGACCACAAGUCCUCUGCUACCACUACUCUGGCCACCAUACAGCAGCAGCGAACAGUUCUACAUGGUGAUAGACAAGGAAAUGUCUAUCAGAGCCAAAUACGCUGACGAAAAGAUGCAGAUAUUUGAAGAGAUUCUGAACAAAUACCAUCGAUAGAUGAAUAAAACUGGGAUUAAAUUGCAAAAUGUAUC